AUGCAGAGAAAGACAGGUAGAGAGAGAGAGAGAAGGGAGAGAGACGAGAGACCCAAAUCACCCAAUUCCAUUUCCGGUAAAGUGCCCCGUUUCUCGGAUCGAUUAUCGUCUCUCGUCGCUCAGUCUCGUCAGACGACCCUGGAAAAUAUUUGGGGUUACCCACUGUGGGGAAAAUCACAAAAAGCAAGCACUGCCUGUGUUAAAGAAAGGGUGACUAAUACGAUUCAGGGAUGGAAGAAUGUGCACCUAACUCCUGCUGGUAGGGAGAUCCUUAUUAAGCCGGUAAUUACAGCUAUUCCUGCAUAUCCUUAUGGCAGUCUUUAUGAUUCACUGGCUCAGUUGGGAUAAGAUGGGGUUACCAAAUGAGCUUGUUUUCCUUGAUGAUUCUGUUGCUUCUGAUUAAUAUGUUGCCUUCAUUGUCUCACAUGAAUGGUUUACCAUGUGAUAAAUUUUAUGGUUUAUCUGUUGUAUACUAUUGAUGCCCAGAUAUUUUGCCUUGUCCCAAGAAUUGAAAGAUGGAACUAACACCACAAAAUGUCGCCAUUCUGCAAGUUUGAAGCUUCAUUUGGUAUCAAACCAUUCUGGAAUUGCGAUUUGUUGCCUUGUCGCUCAUUUCCUGGGGUUGAAGUACUAGUUUUGAAGAUUAGUGCUCCCUCUUUUCUAGGGGUUGAAGUACCAGUUUUCAAGAUUGGUGUUCCCUCUUUACUUAUUCUUUUGUUGUUGUCUGCUACAACGUACAUCUCUCUCCUUGUGAAUGUGUCUCAGCUAGACAUCACUGAAGGCCUUCAUUAUGGAGAUACAAUUGUCAAAAGGGUUCCUUUUCAGAUGAUGAAAGACCAUAUAAAACCCCCAAGAUGGAACAAUGAAAGACAUCUUUUCACUUUGGAUUUGUUAUCUGUUUCAGCUCUACUCUAUUUUCCCCUUUCAGACAACCCUGGAAAAUAUUUGAGGUUACCUACAAUAUGGGGAAAAUAAGAAAAAGCAAGCACUGCCCUUUGUUAAAGAUAGGGUGACUAAUAUGAUUCACGGAUGGAAGAAUGUGCACCUAAAUUCUGCUGGUAGGGAGAUAAUUAUUAAGUCGGUCAUUACAGCCAUUCCUGCAUAUCCAACGGCAGUCUAUAAAUUUGUUAAUGGGGUGUGUAAUGAGCUUGAGUCAGAAAUCUCUAAGCUUUGGUGGGGUGAUUCAAACAAAGGUGGCAAGAUUCAUUGGCUCAUGUUGGGAUAAGAUGGGGUUACCUAUAUACUUCUACAUGUUGGCUGCUGGAGUUUCACAUGACAAGUAUAUUUUCUUUAUUGUGAUUAAACCCCAUGUUUGUUUGAAUAAUGUGAGAUGGAUAAGGCAGGAUAUAAAUCAAUGCAGUUCAUGGGUUUUGACGUGGACAAUUGUAUGUGGACAAUGAUUGUGUCCAUGAUGAACGCCACUUGUUUGAUGAAAUGUCCACAACGAUUAUAUUUCAAAAAUGUCUUGCUGAAUUGAUAUGUUGGAAAUGAGGAGUUAAGUAAUUCUGUUGGUAUAUGCAUGGAGAUGACUAGUAGUGAAAUAAGGCCAAUGCAGGUACAAUUUCUUGCGUUCUCUCUAUUGUGCCUCAGAAGGAAUUAUCAGUGUUAGUACUCAAUUUCACGGUUUAGUAGUUGCUUAUGGUUUGGAGCUCUGUGUUUUCCUGAAGGCCCGAGUUAAAUCACAAAAAGAGAAA